UGAGCCUUUGAGUCCCUGCCAUCGAUGUCGGUGGAGAGCACCCCCUCAGCCUGGGUAGUCACGGUGGUGAGGGCAUCUCUACCCUUUCUCCCUCCUCGGGAUCCCGCAAGGCAGCUGAGUCGGAGGAUGUUUAGGACCCAGGCUGCACGGCUCCUCCCUUUCAGGUCUCUUCAGGGUUAUUGCUUGGUGGGAGGUAGGUUCAGGGCUUGAUGGCAUGAAUGAAAGAGAGACAGGAAAUCUGGACUGAAAAGCUCAAACUGGAAUAGCUCGCUUGUCUCCAGGCAACAGGCCUGACGCAACCGCUGGGGGAAAAAAAAAGUCUCUUAAAUAAAAAAACACACACAGAGAGAUUUCUGAAGCGAGACAGAGACAAGGAUGAGACAGUCUCCUGGAGGCACUGGUGACACUGCUUUGCAAAUACCAAGUUGGAGACUCGAAGACGAAGCAGCGAGUCAAGACGUCCGUGGAAUAUUCCCUGUGACUCGGUCCCCGGUGUUCAUCCAGGGCCAGUGCAGUGCCUGAAAGGGAGACCCUGUUGAUGUGGCUGUCCUCCAAGGGGCUGUGUCUGGCACGCCACGGCAGUGGAGGCAAGCAGGCCUGGCUCUGAGGGUUUCCCACCCCAGGUCUUGCCCUUUGUAGCCCACCUCUAUGCUGUUUGACUCCCAGAGAGGAUGUCUCUCCCUAAAAUCCAAAUAGAAGAGGCAUCAGAGAGCACGGAUACCAGCUCGGGAGGUGCUGUUCCUCCCGAUGAUCACCUGAGGAGUCUCAAGGCAUUGACAGAGAAGCUGAGACUGGAAACCAGGCGCCCAUCCUACUUGGAGUGGAAGGCAAAGGUGGAGGAGCAGGCAUGGAAAAGCCCUCAGCCGGCUGGAGAGGAAGAGGUGAACGAGGCCAGAAAGGCCACAGAGGAGACUGUCCCUCUAAGGAAGGUGCAGCUACAGCUCAAUGGGACCUCUUCCGAGGACAAGGUGACUCUUACCUCAGGGAAAAUAGGAGGUUUUGAGAGCAUCGAUGAAGCUUUGACUUGGCUCAGGAAGGAAUUGGCAGAAAUGCGCCUGCAGGACCAGCAGCUGGCGAGGCAGCUCAUGCGUCUUCGCAGUGACAUCAACAAGCUGAAAAUUGAGCAGACCUGCCACCUGCACCAGCGCAUGCUCAAUGAUGCCACAUAUGAGCUGGAGGAGAGAGACGAGCUCUCCGACCUUUUCUGUGACUUCCCGCUCAUGACCUCCUUCAGCCUCUCGACACCGCUCAAGCUCAUUGGGGUCACCAAGAUGAAUAUCAACUCCCGCCGGUUCUCACUGUGCUGAAGCGGGCAGAAGAGGGAAGGAUGGGGAAGAAAGAGCAAGAGGAAUGGGCAGCACAAAGGCUCUCUCCAUCUGACAGCUGGGUGCAAAGAGGCCUCAGAGGAGUAGAGGGAACAGGAGCAAACAGGGAGCCCAUAGGUGGUCUUGAUGGCAGGGCAGAACUCAACACCAAGAUGGCCCAGAGAUGUUUGUGAAGAAGACAGGACCUGCAAGAGCCACGGAUAGCAUCCAAACCCAGUAUAUGCACUUAGCUUGCUCCUUUGCAAAGUCCCUUCUCCUCCUUCUCCACCUCUGCAGUAACUAAGAGGCAGACACAGCUCCAGUAUGGUUCAUUGUACUCAGAAAUUGAAGUAGAGGUUCAAAGAUCAGCCACAAAGCAGAGCAAAAUCCCUUUCCCUUUCCCCUUUACCUCCUUUUGGGCUUUGACCCUCAGCCUCUGCUGUUCCAGGCACAAGCUCCAUUUGGCUAUUUCAAGUCUGAAGCUUCUAGUGGAGAAGAGCCCUCUCAGCAGGUGAGGGACUGGGGGUUAAAUUGUACGCAAGCCCAAGAAGUGCUGAGAAGCUGCACUUUUUAACGUGCUCUGUUGAGUCCAAUGUACACUAGAUUAAUUUUGCCUGUGGUGUGGAUCAUGGACACACUGACAUAGAAACUCCAGCUGGCCAGAGGUCUUCCGUGUGCCCUAGAAGUUAAAUUAGGAGCAACGCAUGUCCUAGAUCUCACUGUCAGCAGUGGCCACAAGAUGCCAUGUGGUUACUCCCAUACACAGUAAGAGGAGGAAGAUAAUCUAUCCCCCAUGACAUCCCCUACCAGAGAAAUCAUCACAGAAUGACAUUCACCCCAGCACCACCAGCUGGAUCCUCUGUAGCAACACACUUCCACCAAAGAAAGGAAAUUCAGGAGGAGAAAAAAGACUUUUGUGAAGUGAUCAAAGUGUAAAGGAUGACUAUAAAAUUAAAAGAAGAAAUAUUGCUGCAACGAGCUGUUGUCAGCAGGCUUUGGACCUGCAGCAAACACAUAGGAUUCCCUCCAUGUCUGGCAGAAUAUAAGACUCUGUAAGAUACUGUAUUUUCUUGCCUCGUCAGUGCAAAGAGCUUCAUACCUGCCUGUACACUGCACAUGGCAUGGAGGGCAGAGACACUCAUGGUAUAGAUGAGCAAGGAUUGGGACACAAUCAGUCCAGCCAUGGUAACCCUGGGACACCUGGCACCCGAGACAGACUCUUCAGAGGGAGCAUGGUUGUCUGCAGGCUCUCCAGGUCCGUUUCAGCACCUCUCCUGACCAUGUCAGAACGGUGGCAGUCCAUCACCCCAAACCAGCUCUGCUCUCUGCAGAGUGCUAGAGAGGACAGAUGAGAACUGAAUGGAACAGAUGUGACCGUGUCCGCACAGCUAACAGCCCAACUGCAGGGGAAAGUGGGGAAUGCAAGCCAGCACUGAGCCAAAAGCUGUGUGGCCAUGCUGACAUGCCUCUGUAUGCUCUGUAUGUGUCUGUAAGCUCUGUGUGUGUGUGUGUGUGUGUGUGUGUGUGUGUGUGUGUGUGUGUGCGUGUGUAUGUUUUUGUAUGUGUGCAUAUGAGCCUGCAGGAAGUCUCUCUAGGAAGGACCAGAGAGAGUGGUGGGCCCACAUCUUUGUUUCCACAUAGGAUGUGAACUAAAAGCCAAUCAGAUUCUGCCAUGCCUGAGAAGAGAAUAAGGAUGCAAUGAGGCCUCAAGGCUUUGGGUUUCAGUGGAGAGCUGAGGCCAAUGCAGAGUGCUGGCCCCAUGGGACAGACAGUUGCAGAGAUCUGAAGCUACAGCCUGGUGCAACCUUAUGGUGAGAAGGCUUGUAAUUCAUCUGCCUCGCAGGCGGUGCUUUAAUUCCACAGGUCUCCAUGGGAGAAACAAGUUACCUUGUGAAUGGGUUCAUAAUCACAUGAGACUGACAGCAGCCUCUGGAUCUGACUUCAGUCCUCUAUCUGCAGGGGCUCCAUAAUGUAUAACCCCUUGGUGAUUCCUCCCCCUCCAUUUCAAAGCUUACUGGGGCUUCUUCCCCAGUUGUACUUGGAAGCUCUGUAAGAACUGAGAAGUUCCUGUGGCCAGAAACUUGCCUCCAGUUUCUGUUCUCAGUCAAUUCACAACCAGUCCCUACAUUUAAUAUUUUCCAGUUUAGCGGCAACACGUCUCCUCUCUUCCUGGUGCUUCUUCCCUGCUGCAUUUCAUAGACAGCAGUCAACUUCCCCCUUCUAAGCCCUUCUUUUGCUAGGUUAAAAAUCCUAGAUUUAUUUAGUCUCUUCUCAUAAGACGGGCUCCUCCAUCCUCGGCCUUCCUGGAAGCCCUUCUCUGCCUCACUCCACCGUGAAUUUGCGCUUGAAGCAGAUUGUCAAAUGACUGUUUUGCUGAGGUUGAGGUGUCUGUGCGUUUCUGUGAAAAGUAUAAUUUCUUUCUGCUAAGAAAGGCCACUGGAGCUCUAUCUACACUAAUAAGUUAAGCAGUACAAUGCUCAGACAUGGGAACUUGUACUGCCCAGGUACUGAAAGUUUAGUAGGGAUGUGGCCAGAGUGCCAGCUGGCCUCUGGACAAGAGAAUACCAGUCUUGUUGCUGAUUAAUUUACUAGUAGAGAAGUAGCCUUAUUUUCCCAUGGGCAUUCAAAAAAAAAAAAAAGAAAAAACAGCUCAUUAAAAUUCUUCUUUGUUUACUUUUUUAAUAAAAAAAAAGAUUCCUGUCCCACAUGCUGAUUUUCAGACGCAUUUCAAUCAAACUACAGCAAUGACAACAUUUCUAUGGAAGAAGAGGACUGGUUCUCUCUAAGACCAGCUAGAGUCAAAUACGGAUUGAGCCCACCUUCGGGCCCUUAUUUGGUACCUGAAUGCAGGAGACUAGUACAAGCACAGUCUUAGGAAGUCAUUAUAUGUGGUGUUAGAAAUACCAAAUGUCUGGGUUCCAGACUUGCAUUUCCUGCAUUAAGUGGGAUGGGAAGGUUCACAACUGCCAGCUGUUCAUCAAAACGCACAAUUUUUUAGUUAUAAAAUGAUAUCUGUAUUGAUUUCUGCACCUGGCCUCUCACUGUGUCCAGUGGCUCCACCUCAGCCUGGAGGGCCAUUGGAGGAUACUAAGGGAGUUUCUAUCUGUUCUCUGGGGACAGGAGGACGUUUUUUUAAUUAUGCCUGCCAAUAUGGUCGUCCUCUACUACCCGCUAUCGGCAAGAGUUGGACAACUAAUGUCCUGCACUGAAGGGCACAAAUCCAGAGCACAUACAUAUGUUUCAAAAUGCAGACAGCAGUGGCAGGCUGUUUAUGUGAAUCUAUGUGAAGUAUCAGGCAGUAUUAGCAACUGUGAACUAAGAAGCAUCGGUCUGGUGCUGGUUUCCAGGUACACAAGAUUUCCAGUCAAAUUUCUCCAGGUUUUUCUAUCCAUGCGCAUCAUGUGGAUACCUUUACAGCUUCACCAGCAAUUACUCCACCACACAAUCUAUAGGAGAUAAAAUUAAGUUAAGGUGUGAGAAUGUUGCAUAUUUGGGCAAAAAUGUGCUGGAAACAAAGCCAAAAAAAAACCAAAAAAAGUCUUCUUUUGUUAGGUGUGGUUUUGUUGCUCAACCACUGAGUCAAAAGUGGGUUCAGACACUUAAAAACAUAUCAGGGUAUGGAAGAAAAAUAGAUAGAUGAGUGUCUGAUUUUUGCUGAGCUUUGUUUGAAAAAAUAAAAAUAGAGUCAUGUAAAGGCUGGUAUACAAGGCUGGGCCUUGAGAAACAUGAGUUUGAGUCACUACUCCCACUACAAAAUCCUGGGAAAGGAUUCAUCAGGGCUCAGCUGUCCACAACGAGACAAGUCAUGCCCUCAAAGUGCCAGGUCUUCCCCUUGUCCAAGUGUCCAAGAGCCACGUUCUCCUUUUUGAGGAAAUAGACAGCUGUCAAAAGCAAUAAGAACAGCAGUGAAGCCAGGGCAACAAUGCAACCCAGCCAGCCAGUCCUGUAGGUCCACCGUCCCCUAUGGUGACUGCAAAGAAAGGCUGGAGACAGCCAAGGACAGUGCUUCUGGGGUCCAUCCUGGAUGUAACCCUUAACAUGAUCAUCUGAAUCAAGGCCAUAAUACCCGUCUUUGGAGAACUGGCUGCAUUUCAGAUGCUGCUCAGGUUUCACGGCAUGGGCACCCAGCUGGACCAUUUAUAUUUGAAGCAGGGCUCCACUAGACUUUGAUUCAAGCUCUCUCAGAUUGUCCAUAGCUCCCUAGCUGUGAGGCAUGCUCCUCACUGAAAAUGAAGAGCGAGUCUGAGACUACACAAAUAAUUGAUCUGAUUUUUAAAUUACAUGGCCAGACUGGAAGACAACAACUUUCCCCAGGCUAACUUGAACACCACAUUUCAUAAUUUUUUUUUUUUUUUUUGCCCCAAAAGCUCACACGUAUGC